AUGACGACCGAUGUGGUGUGGCGCGGCCGGCAGUCGUUGCCGACGCUGACGCCGACGCACGAACUCGUGGCGACACGUGACCAUGACGUGGUCGUCCGAGAGGUCGCGACGCCAUCGUACCGCCUGGAGUUCUCGGUCACAAGCUGCGACGUCGUGCGGUCGCUCUCGACGGCCGAGAUGGCGGGCGCCGUCCAACGCUACCGCACGCAUCCGCAUGAAGCGACAUCGUCCGCCGCCGACCGCGCAAUGCAGCGCUGGAUCACACAGCACAAGACGCCGCCACGCGACGACCUCAUCCGUUGGCUCCUCGCGCGCAUGGUCCUGCUGCAGAGCGCGCCGCCGACGCUCGUUUUGCUUUGCGAAGUCGGGCUCUCCAAGGCGCCCGUCACGCGCAAAAAAUCGCUGCCGUUGACGCCCCGCACGAUCGCGAGUCCGUUUGUCGACGAAGACGAGCCGCUGCCACCCUUCUCGCCCACAAGCGGUGCGGCGCCCGAAGACAGCAGCGACGACGACGAAGCACCGCCGGCAUUUGCAGAACACGUGGCGCCCUUCGAACCCGCGGCCGUGCGGUCGCAGCGCAGCACCGUAGCAUCGUCGCGCUGGGCCGACGACGCGUGGCGACUGGCGCUCGAGCUGCGCAAGUCCAAAGCCGACGUCGAGAAGGCCAAGGAGCUGCGCCGGCGGCAAGAGGUCGUCGCGACGGCGCGCAAGCAGUCGCUCUUGGUGUCGGCGUCGCGGCUGCGGACGUCGGCCAAGACGGACAAGCGCGACAAGCGGCUCGUCAAGGCCGCGACGCACAAGGCCAUCGAGCACCACGAGAUGACCGCGUACGUUGAGAACCAAACGCGGCGCGAGUACGUUCAGUACAUGCGCGAGCACGAGCGCACGACGCGGCUGCUCCAGAUCGGCCAGCGCCGCCACGGGCAAAAAGGUCCCGACUUGGGCCCGGGCCCGCUGCCGACCGACGUGUACGCAGUGGCACGUGACGACGACGACGAGGCAGAGCCGUUUGUGUACGACAUUCAUGGCCGCCGCCACGCAGUGACGAGUGCCGACGAGGUCCGCGCCAAGAGCGCCUUUGACGCUGCGAUGCGAAAAGUGCAGCGGAUCGCCGCCAAAGCGGGGCGCCACCUCGUUGCGUUCUUCCGCCAGCACGAUCGGGAUCGUAGCGGCACGCUCAACUGGACCGAGUUUGCAUCCGCGCUCCAGAGUCUGCACGUGCAGCUGAGCGCCGACCAAGUGCACGCGCUCUUCUCCUUCUUUGAUACGAACGGCUCGAACGGCAUCGACUAUGGCGAGCUGCUCUGGAGCUUCUUCAACCGCCGAGCGUUCGUGAAGAAGUGGCACAUGGCGACCGAGAGCCUCUCACCCGCGGAGCUCCACGCUCGCUUUUACGCCGCGGACCGGGUGCACCGGGGCGCGCUCUCGGCGCGGGACUUUUUCCUAGCGAUGCAGCAGCUCGGGUUCCGCUUCUCAGACCUCGACGAGACGCUGCUGCUGCACAAAUUUGACGCCAACGGCGACGGCUUUAUCGACUUUGACGAGUUCCAGCGCGCAUUUCACGCCAACCAUAGUCCCCCAGCACCAGUGGCUCCAAAGCCGCAAGGGCCCACGACGUCGUCGCUCGAGUCGGAGCUGCAGGCGCUCGAGGAGCUCCAAGCCAAGCUACAACAGCUCCUGCAGCAAGUCUAGCGCCAUUCGACUUGGUUUCAUAGUAUCAAAUUAUCGAUUUACCAAGAAAUCAUCUGCAUUUAUGGCGGCA